AUGUCACCGGCACAACGGCACGAGUGCCUGGACCGCGCCUCGCCCUCCGCGGAACCCGUAGGGCACAGCCAACAGCCCGAGAACAAACGGCGGGUCAGGUCAGAGAGUCAGAGGCGGCAGUCGGCCCCGUCCCUGGUCCUGUCCAAGGCCCUGAUGCGCUCCAGAACCAUCUCCAGGGAGAGCUACCAGGUGCCGGUAUGUCCGGAGACGUGUCUGCUGAUCCAGUCGUACCUGGCGUGUCCCGACCGCUCCUUCCUGCUUCACGGCCACGCCCAGCUGAAGACCGGCCUGCAGACCCAGGAGAGACACCUCUUCCUGUUCAGCGACACUCUCCUCGUCACCAAGGCCAAGGCGAUGAACCACUUCAAGCAGAAGGCCCAGGUGCGGCUGAGUGAGAUGUGGACGGGGGGCGCGAUGGAGGAGGUGUGUGAGGGCAGCACGGCCCCCGACCAGGGCUUCGUCAUGGGCUGGCCCACCUGCAACUGUGUGGCCACAUUCGGCUCCUCAGAACAAAAAGAAAAAUGGCUGUCACUCCUCAAAAGUCGAAUAAAGGAGGAGAAGGAGAGGGAGGAGCCAAAGACCAUGGCGCUCAGCGUCCACGCCAAAGGAAUCAACACCUUCGCACACACCAAAACCCUCCCGGUCAGCAAUUCAGAUUCCACCAAUGAGGUGGUCCGCCUGGCCCUUCAGCAGUUUGGGAUCGCCGGUAACGUGAAGGACUACCAGCUGUGGGCCAUCUCCAAGAGAGAAAACACACCUUAUCCUCUAAUUGGUCACGAGUUCCCCUUCAGCAUCCACGCGCACCACAUGCGCGACCCUCCGUCCCGGGAGGUGCUGACGUCCUGCGACAGGCAGGGGGCGCUGCUGCUGCCGGAGCUGCAGCCGCCGCCGUCCGGGGGGAAGCAGUGUCAGUUUGUCCUGAAGCUGCGGCCCCUGGCUACGGCCCCGGGUCAGGUUGCCCUCGAGCCUUCCCAGAAGCACUUCAAGAGGCGCCGUUCCCUCAUCAACUGGGCCUUCUGGCGAGGCCCCGGCCAGCAGCUCAAUGACCCCGCCUCCAACGCCGGGCCCCGGGGCGACCUCUUCGGCCAGCCGCUGAGCUCCCUGUGCCUGGAGGACGCGCUGCCGAAGCCGAUCACGGACAUGCUGUUCUUCCUGUACCACGAGGGCUCUUGGACGCGGGGGAUCUUCCGGCGGUCGGCGGGGGCCCGGGCGGUCCGGGAGCUUCGGGACUCCCUGGACGCCGGGCUGUGCGAGCUCCCCCUGACCCGGGACCACGUCUUCAUCAUCGCCGGCGUGUUCAAGGACUUUUUGCGCAACAUCCCUGGCAGCCUGCUGUGCUCGGAGCUCUAUGAGGAUUGGGCGGAGGUGGUGGAGGAGGAGGAGGAGGAAGAGAAGGAGGAAGAGGAGCAGGUCAAAGCCAUACAGAGUCUGAUUGGCCGGCUGCCCGCGGCUAACGCCGUGCUACUGCGCUACGUGGCGGCGCUGCUGCACGGUAUCCAGGGCAACGCGGACCACAACCAGAUGACCAGCUUCAACCUGUCGGUGUGCAUCGCUCCCAGCAUGCUCUGGGCCCCGGGCCCCUCCAGCCCCGAGCAGGAGGGCCGAGGGGCCAAGACGGUGUGUGACCUGGUCCGGUUCAUGAUAGACCACUGCAAGCAGAUCAUGGAGUCGGACCCCAGCUCUGUGUUUGGAGGACCUCCGCAACGCCGCGAUGAGGAAACUCCAUCAGAAGAGUCGUGGUCGUGCCACAUGACCGACUCCUCCUACGACAGUCUGGAGAACGAGCUGGACGACGACGACGGCGCCAGCAGCGAGGGCUCCCUGGACUCCGUCCUGACGCUGAGCGACCUGGACCCCGACUGCGACGCCAGGACCCCCGCCCUGUCCGUGUCCGAGCCGGCCGUGGCGUACGCGGCGAAGCUGACGGUGUGCGACGCGCGGGAGGAAGAGGAGGAGCCUCAGGACCGGCGGGGGUCCGCUCCGGAACACGCCGCGCCGUCUACCCCCCCGAGGACCCCGCCGCGCUCCCCCCUCGAGACCCUCCGCGACUGGGCGGGGGGGCGCCCGGCCAGGGGCUCCCCCCCGCCCCCCAGAGAGCCCCUCCUCUGGGGGACGCUGAGGGGCAACAGCCGGGGGCUGCACCCCAACUCCUGGCUGAAGGAGGCGCGGAGGCUGUCUCUGACGCAGCAGGACCACCCCGAGACCCCGGGGGGCGACGAGGAGGAGAGGAGGCGCCCCGGGCCCCGGGGCCUUCAGUACGGAGCCGGCAGGCCCGGCCCGGACAAGGACGGACCAGGAAAGUGGGCGGCCGCCAAGCCCCCCGGCGCCCCCGCCCACCACCGCUCCACCGGCAGCCUCCACUUCCCCAGGACCGCCCCCGGCGCAGGAAGUGACGUCGCCGUGUCGUCGCCGCCGCAGCACCUCGUGCACCAGCCCGGGGCCACUCUCUCCCUCUUCCGGCACCGGCGGUCCAGCCACGCCGUCGUCAAGGUGACGGAGCCCCCCCCGACCGAGGGGAAGCCCCGUAGGUCCUCCGAGCCAGAGCUCCCCCAGGACCCUGCUCUUCUUUUUCAUCCUCAUCAGGGGGCCGAGACCCCCGCCGCCACCGCCGCCGGCCAGCGGCCGGGACCUCAGGGUGUGUUAAGGGAGGCGCUCCGCACGCCGGGCCUCAGGGUGUCCAAGGCGGACUGCGAGGAGGGGGACCAGACACGCCCCCGCCCCUCGGAGAACUGCGAGCCCCAGAGCGGCCAGGAGGGGGCGCCGGCCCCGGGGAGGGGGCGGGGCCAGUGGCGUCGGAGGAGGCACAGCAGCGUCAUGGCGGAGCGCGACUUCAACCAGCUGCGCUUCUCCGAGGAGUCGUACGUUUGA